GUUGAUCAACACUUGCACUUGGGCCUGCGACUGUAGAGAGAUCGUCUGCUGCUAUGUCUUCCUGGGCUGUUAUCGUUCUUCUCGGCUUCUGUCUGAGCGCCAUCUCCGCAUUUCCAUCUGAAAAACGACAACCUGGAGAUAUGGAACAGGACCAACUGAUACCGGUCAAGAUACGUAGACAGGCACCCUCCACACGCUCAAUGCUGUGCGGUACGAUAGAAGAGACGGUACAGCCCCCGCAUGUAGACAGCAAUGGUAUACGUUACUACGUUAUUCAGACGUCGGAUGUACGGCAGAGUAUCAAAACGUACCGGUGCAUCUCCACUCAGGACUGUGGUCCCGGCAUCAAAACUGAAGAUUACCAAUGCACUUGCAGGCAGCUGUAUGGACAAGGCGCUCUCGUGGCCAAAGACUCCAGCAAUCAUACAGUCUCCAUGACCUACCUAUACAAACGGGGCUGUGCAGCGGAAGUGACGAAAAGAAGUUAGA